GAACUCCACUGGCCUUAAUUCUCUCUCAUCGCAUCUUCUUUCACCCAUUUAACAAGGCAUAGAGAGAGAGAGAGGGGGUAGCAGGCGGCGACUUUGAGAGAAAGAAGUAAUUGCGAUCGCAAAAAUGUUUGAAUUCACAAGGGUAAGCACGAAGGAAGAUCGCGAAGGGGAUAUCGAAGAGGGAGUUCUGUACCCUGGAAUCAGCCAUGGAGAGAACCAGCUUCGUUGGGGCUUCAUCCGUAAGGUUUACGGAAUUCUCGCCGCCCAGAUGGUCCUCACCACCGCUGUCUCUUUCCUCACCGUUCUAUAUGCUCCUAUCAACGAACUCCUUCGUGGCAAUUCCGGCCUCCUGCUAUUUUUUGUUUUCUUGCCCUUCAUCCUGUUGUGGCCGUUGCAUGUCUAUCAGCAAAAGCAUCCCCUCAACUUUGUCUUCCUCGGACUCUUUACAGCAUCCCUGAGUCUUACCGUGGGUGUAAGCUGUGCCAACACAGAUGGAAAGAUUGUGCUGGAAGCUCUAAUUCUAACCUCAGCAGUGGUUUCAUCUCUGACUGCCUACACUUUCUGGGCAUCAAAGAAGGGCAAGGACUUUAGCUUCCUGGGACCAAUUCUGUUCACCAGCCUUAUUAUUCUCCUUGUCACUACUUUUAUGCAGAUGUUCUUUCCCGUGGGACCUACAUCAAACGCCAUUAUCGGUGGACUUGGUGCGGUGUUGUUUUCCGGGUACAUAAUCUAUGACACAGAGAACUUGAUUAAGCGGUUUACUUACGAUGAGUACAUCUGGGCAUCCGUCACUCUUUAUCUCGACAUACUAAAUCUCUUCUUGGCAAUACUACGGAUGCUGAGACAAGGAGACAAUUAGGCUUCAUGAUGAAUGUCACGACUGGUCUAUUGGAAUAACUCAAACGAUGCUCGGCCAUCUAUCUUUUAUCGAAUUUUAAGUUGACACUACUUUCUGGUAUACAUUAUAUCUAUACUAUGAUACUGAUCAUAUUUUUCCAGUAGUUUGUAAGUAUUGUAACAUUGUUUUGUCUGCAUUUAAUCAAAGUGUUAUGUGUGAUAAGAUUUAU